GCGGAAUAUCGAACAUAUUCAUCCCUUUACACACAAACUUUCUCACGUUGCUCGGAAGUUCUUGCUCCGCUUUGAUUUUGUUUUUUGGUCCUCUCUUUCACGGCAUAAAUCGGUACAGUGCCCAACUGCCCAGCCAACACUGUUGGACGCCACCCUUGCACCACCAGAAGCCAAGCGCCACCUUAAGCCGUACAGAUCAAGCAGCCCAGCCUUGCAAAACUGGGAGCAACUCACGCAAACUCUGUUUCUUUCUUUCCGUAUCGUCUCUCUCUGUCCGUCUCUCUAUCUUCUCUGUAAUUUUUAUUUUCCGUCGCCCCUCCCCACCCCGUCCGUCUCUGCCUCGCCGGCCGGUAAGUCUCUCUUGUCCAUCUCCAUCUUCGUCUACCUGUCCCUCUUGGGUUCUCUCUUCACUCUCUCCAUCUCUCUCAGUUCGCUCUCUCUCUUCUCCCUGUUGUGCCGCCGCCGUCCAAGCCCUACACUACGAGCACGCCGUCCCUCCCUUCGCCACCAAUACGCCUCUGUUUCUCUCUCUUCUCUGUACACGAAGCUGCAACCCGUAGCGGCUUCACACCACCGUCGUCCUCCGCUCCACACCAGUUUCCCGCCCCUCGGUCUCUACCCUGCAGUCGCCACCUUUCACGCCUCGCACUCCGUCCAGCCAGAGCACGUUGCCGUUGUUAACACGUCGUAUCCCACCGCUGGCUGCCACACCACGUCCAGCUUGCCGCCUCACUCUAUCGAACAUCCUUCGCGCAACACCAUUCGCCCCACAAAUCCGACCGACUACUCUCCGAGUUGGGUUUGGAAAUGCUGACUGAUUUGGGAUGUUUUGCUAACUGUGGAUAUGGAGUUCUGUUGAAGUGGAGCGUAUUGGGCAUGGCUUUAUAUUUAGUUUGAGGUUUUGAAGGGGUUAAAGAUUUCACCCCCGAGUACGGGGCGUGACACACAUGGCCUCAAAUCUCAUCCAAGUCGCUUCCUAUGAAGCUGAGAACCAGACAGAACUCUCUCUAAGGCAAGCCUUUGAGCUUCUGAAACCUAAACUAAGACCCCCAUUUGCGUUAACAAUCCCAGAUCAGCAAGAAUAUGACCAGCUCAACCGGGCCAUUGUUUACGGGUUUUUAUGUGAACCCCAUAAUGCCAAAACCCAUAUUAAGCACCUACAUGCACUUGUCACUGAUGGAUAUGCCUUAUUUGUCCAUUUGCUUGUCAAGGUUGUUCAAGAAUUGUACACAAAACUUGUUGACUCGGUGAAAAAACAGUUGGUUUGGGUUGCUAAGGAGAUGAUUGAUGUCUCCGGGGUAGGGGUUGAUGGACUUUUGGUGUGCUUACUGAGGCAAAUUGUUGGUGGAGAUUUUUCUGAGGGGAAUCUGUGGCUGUGCUCUGAGUUGGUGAGAAUCUUUUUGGCCAAAUGGGAUUGCUUAUUAGAAGAGGAACCACUAGUUCUUACUAGUGCUUUAUACACGUAUCUUCGGUUAUUGGCUGAUCAUUGUAUGUUAGUGAAUAAUGUGAAUUUAGAGGCAUUGAAGCAGUUGGAGAUUGAUUUUUGUGUCAAAGUAGUAAGGGAGCAGUUUCAUUUGUGUUUGAGAAUUGGGAGGGAUUUUAUUAGAGUUCUUCAAGAUUUGGUACACAUGCCCGAGUUUAGAGCUAUAUGGAAAGAUUUAGUAUUGAACCCAAGCAAGUUUAAGACUCCAGGAUUUUCUGAUAUUUCACAGUUCUAUCACACAAGGACUUCAAGUCGGUAUUCUUUACUUAGGAUUACCCCAGAAAUGGAGACCCAAUUGCGGUUUUUACUCACACAUGUAAAGUUAGGGAGUCAGUCGCGGCACCUGGAAUGGUUUGCUAAGAAGUUUCUCUGUGGGGUGGAGAGAGAGACUCUUUUGAGCGACAUUGUUCGGUUUAUAUGUUGUGCACACCACCCAACUAAUGAAAUUAUUCAGUCAGAUGUUGUUCCGAGAUGGGUAGUUAUUGGUUGGCUUAUGAGACUUUGUAGGAAAAAUCAUGUUGGAGCCAAUAUGAAGCUGGCUUUAUUUUAUGAUUGGCUCUUUUUUGAUGAAAGAGUAGAUAAUAUUAUGAACAUUGAACCUGCAAUGCUACUGAUGGUAUAUUCCAUUCCCAGAUACAUCGACAUGACUCACACCCUUCUCGAAUUUUUGUUUCUCGUCUUAGACAGCUAUGAUUUACAACAUAAUGACAUUAUAGUUAGGGGUGUGUCAUCAGCUUUCAGUGUGCUUCUUAGGAAAGGAGUGAUUCAGUCUUUUGAUGUUUUGACUUCUAGUGAUGCAAUUUCUCCUUUUCUGAGGGAGAGGCUUGGAAGGUUUUUGUCUGGUAGGAAAAUGGGAUUUAUUAAAGACCUGCAGCCAGAAAAUUAUCCUCACAACUUUUUGACACCUCUGACCUUGCCAAAAUCAUCCUGUGUGGAAACUGUGGCACCAUCACUGAAAGGGCAACUUACCUGCACCCAGGAAGAUGGGUUUGCCACCAAACCAGUUGAUUCUUCUGUUCCAUCCAUUGUGACUGGUGAACACCAAGUUGUUUCUGCCGAUAAUUUAGUUCAAAAUUUUGGGGAAAAGAUUAAGAAGUUGUGUGUAGUAGGCUGUCAGACCUUGGAGGAGAAAUUAUAUUCAUUUCUGAAUCUUAACAAUCAAAAAACAAUGAGCCGUACAAUAUGCAAUGAAGUUUUAUCUUCUACAAUAUCAAAGGAAUUUGAGUUGAAUGGUUAUAAAAUAUUUUCUUUACUUCAAUAUCUUCCAGAUAAUCUUGACUGUGAUGAUGAAAUAGGAUCUGCCACUGCCUUACUUAUACGUGCCUGUAUCUUUUCUCAACCUAAGAUGCAGGACAUGCUUCUAUCCUGGUCAAGGAAUGGCUUUUCGGUGGGAGCACGAUUACUAUCUUAUGCAUCAAGACUAGCUUAUGAGGCAUCCAUGGCAGAUUGUUUGGGUGAUACAAUGGUCGAUAAAGAUUCUGCUAAAAGAAGUGAUUUACCUUUAUUGAUCUUUCAUAUUGAUGGGUAUAUUUCUUUUCUGCAAGGUGAAAAGGAGAGUUCUUUCUCAGCUCUUGUUUCUACUGCAAAUAUAGACAAUAAGGUAGUCUCACAGUUGGUAAAUAGUGCUUUUGCUGCUUACAGAAGUUUUCUUGAGUGUUCAAGGACUAUAUUAUAUAAAGAUGAUGAUACAUCUCUGACGAAGCUCCUCAUUUCUGACUUAAUGUCUUGUGCUGAAUGGGGGAGGAAAAGAUUGAAAAGUUUGUUCUGCGGUGUUUUUCAUCAUCUUCCUGAUUUGUCCAUUGGUAAGGAAGACAUGAUCAAGUUACUUGUUAGUCGGUUGGAUCACACCGGUCUAGUUGAUGUACAAUUUGAAAUUGGCUUGAAAAAACUCUCUGUAUUUGGUGAGAACACCGAAACCAUUUUGCACUUAAUAGAGAGCUCUCUUGAUUGGAGCUGUUUGGAGCAACGUAAUUUCUGGGGGUUGAUUAGAUCGGAGCUUGCUGCUUCCAAGGUUCAACUAGAGAAGGUGAUUUUGGAGUUUUUCUGCUCAGAUGAACUGGACACUAAAAGAGUUGCCAUUGCAGUUGAAGGCCUUCUGACACUAUGCUGCUGUUGCGCACCCACUCCUGAGCUUGUUGGGGCAAUCAUGUUAUUACCUAGUAAUGCGUUCCAUGAUUUUGCUGCUGCUGUUUUAGCAACAUGGGUCGUGUCUAAUGCCACGAUGUUAUUUGAUAGCUUAGCUGAUUUUUCUGAGAAGUUUGAUAGCAAGACUAGGGAUUCUAAUCUUCCCAAUUCGGCUGGGAUUGUGGUGAAUCAUUCUGCCAUUUUAUGGUUAUUCAAUAAUUUUGAUGCAAAAGGGAUGAAUGGCUCUGAUAUUUUGAGAAAACUCUCCCUAGAUAUUCCAGACAAAAAGUAGUGCAGCAGUUCUGAAGAAUAGUUGAGAAUGCCCUUUUUUAAUCAAAAGAUGAGCUAGAGUGCCCUACUCUCUACUGAUAUUCCCAACCUCAACAAGAUCAAAUGUUCUGUUAAUAUCUGCUGAGUAGCUAUAUUUGCCAAGCUUCUGUAAAUUGCUCCCAAUGGUAUGCUGUUUCAUGAGCUCCAAACUAUGGAGAGAAGCCUUUUCCUGGAACUGGAAAGAGUAAUAAUGCCACAACGAGCAGAAAUUCCUGUAGGUUACAUAAAUGCUCUUUCCGUGGGAAGUUACACUUAAGUAAAUCCAGCAGCUAGCGGGAGCUUUAAGCUUUUAUCUCAACUCAUCUCAUCUUAUCUCAUCUCAUCUGCAAAAACAAACGAGGCUUAUUCAAUAUCUUGGAACUCAGUUUCACGUGGUUUAAUGUUCCUUGAAGAGAUUGGCGAUCAUGGAGAAUAUAGUGGCAGUUGCAAUGGUCACUCGAAGGCUUCUUUUGGAAGAACCUGAGAUAGCAAUGCUAUCUAUUUCCAUCACUGAUUGAGAUCAGAUAGAAUCAUACAUCAUCAUCCAUUAAAAGUUCUUUUUCCAGGCUUGGGCUCAACUCCAAUCGAUGCCAAUCAUACAUGCUUCUCAUGACUAUUAUCAGUUUGAGCUGAGAUUAGCUUGGACUGUUUAGGAACGUUUGAAAAGAUUACAAGCGAUGCUUCUGUGGCUGUCUUGCUAAACAAACAAACUUGAAACCCAGUUUAAACUCUGCCAGUUGAAGCUGAUGAAAAGCUUGAGCAAGAUUUUAAUUAACUUUGUUUCACCUGAUGAAAAACUCUGCCAUCACUGUCCAUGGUAUAAGAGUGCUCAUGGGACACUAGACUAGAAUUCUGUGUGGGAUCCUCCUCCUGCAGGGAUCAUCAAAAUCAAUUGGGGCGCUGCACUGAAUGAGACUAAAGAUAGUGUUGGUAUUGGAUUGGUGGCUCGUGACCAUGAGGGUAGCAUCUUGGCCACUAAGAAGCUGUCCAAAACUGGCUUCAUGGACACACUCUUGGCAGAAGCAAUAGGGGGUUUCCAAGCUGCUGUAUUGGCUAACGAAUUGGGAUUGAACUCCGCUAUUCUGGAAGGGGAUGCUCUACAGAUUGUUAAUGGGAUCAGUCAUCAGCUUGAAAGGUGGGAUAGUGUGGGAAUGAUCUUGACAGAUACUAGAAUGUUACUAUCUAGGUUGAGUCAUUGGCAAGUGGUGUUUGUAAGGAGAAGUGGCAAUGAUUUUGCUCACUGUCUCUAGCUAAGGAUUCCUUAGAGCUAGCUGAGGAUUCGGUUGUACUGGUUGUUAGACCAGGUUGUAAUCUUGUAUCCUCUUCGAUUUGAGAUUAAUAAAGUCUUAUGAUUCAUUUAAAAAAAAA